AUCAUUGGUAAAAUAAGCCUACAUCGUUUUAAAUCAUUUUCAUGGAUGUGUGAUUCUCCUAUUUAAUUUAAUUCUCUCGGGGUGUUGUUAAGCGUUUCGCUGGAAGAUCGCGUUAUCAUAAAUUUCGAUGACCCGUAACUUUAUGAAUCACAGAGACAGACAUAGAGAAUUUCUACAUUGGAACUUGGAUUUAAACCAAAAGAUGCCUAUAACUUGGGUGACAUAUGGAGGUCUCUUGCUUAUGUUUUCGGCAUUUGCUGCAGGUCAGACCAGUCAAAGUUCAAGCAAGAGUAAGCAUGGACUGUGCCCUUCUGGUUUCCAGCACUGGAACUCAUCAUGUUAUCACAUAGAAUCAUCACCUCUGAAAUCACGUGAUGAUGCUCAGAUCAUGUGUUCGAAUCUCGAUUCCCUAUUGGUCGACAUCACAUCAAUCGAAGAAGAUGAAUUCAUCAGUUCACUCGCGCUCAGUGAGAAUACAACUAUCAACUAUUGGAUUGGCUUGGAAGAUAAGAAUAAGGUCUGGCAUUGGAUGGACGGAUCACCUUUGACCUUUACCAAUUGGGAUUCCGUCGAAAAUGGCGUCCAUGAUGUUGGUGUAGACUGUAUUCUAUUGAAACCUGUAGGAUCAGAGUAUCGCUGGAACGAUAAUAGAUGCGAUAGUAAUUUUUUGGCUCUAUGUGAAGGAAGAGAAACAGAUAGUGUCUGUUCCGAUCGUGAUUUGUUUAACUCUUCUUGUUAUUAUGUGAGUGAUAUCGAGCUUCAUCGAGACCAAGCCCGGGAUUAUUGCCAGAGAGAUGGAGCACAUCUGGUUUACAUAGAGACAGAAGACGAGAAUGAUUUUAUUUCCGAUUUUAUCAUGAACCGUACAGCUAUUUAUGGGUUCCAACAAUUCUACUGGAUUGGUUUGACGCGGCGUCUUGCCUUUAGCGCCCAAGAUAAUCUCGCUUGGAUGAGUGGAGAGCCACUGAUAUAUUCUAACUUUGGUGAUCUAAGCUACGGUAGUGGAUGUCUUCAGAUAAAGAAGAGGAAUGAGUACACCAGCUGGAUUGCGGGAAAGUGUCAAAAUGGCAAAGGAUAUAUUUGCGAGAGGAAAGAGCUUUCGAGACAUCGGCACCAAAAACAUGAAAAACGGUUCAAGAAGAAACGAGGAAACAGUGUACCAAUUCCGGAAUCUAUCAUCGCUGACGUCACAACAGCAAGUAUCAUACGUUGUGCAUCUCUAUGUACAUAUCGUCAAGAGUGUGUAUCAUUUGCCUACAAUCAUAUGAAUAAGAAAUGCAUCGUAUCUAAUAACACAACUGGGACUAGUUCUGGAGGUCAAGAAGUUUACCAGUACAUAACCUCUGUUUGAAAAACAAUCUAUCCAUGCUCUUUGUUCUCAUUGCCGAAUUGAUCCCACCCAGACCCGAUCAAACACGAUUAAUAUAUAUUUUCGGUCAGAUCGCUCAGCAAGGAUAUCGGGAAUGCACUAUAGUCUCCCUUGAUCCCUUUGCUUGAUCCAUAUCGCCCAGGUGAGCGUUUCAUUAAAGGAAUUAUAAGAUUUUUUUAUUAAAAAGUAGGCCUUCGAAAUCCACUUUCGGAUCCAGGGGGCACAGCG